AUGCCACCGCGCGGCAACGCCCCACCGCCCAAAAUCGUCCCACCGCCCGUCCCGCCCUCCCAACUCCCCCAACACUUUGCCCCGACUCCGCUCUCCCGCGCAGGCCAGAUCGCUACUUUCGCGCUUUCAGCCGGAAUCGCGGCGUAUGGCGUGCUGUUUUAUGACUAUGGAGAGCAGGAGCACUGCUUCAUGCCUGUCCGAAGAUGGGUAGACCAACACACCGCCUCAUUCUUCACCCUCACCCCCUCCGAAAGACGCUACGUCUCGUACUCCUCCACCGGCGUCCCAAUCGCUGGUCCUGCCCCCGCUCCAACUCCUGCGGCAGAAGGAGAGGUGCACGGCGUGAAGCCGGAUACGCAUACGCCGUUCGAGUACUUCAAGGAGCAUCCGGUGAGGUUUGGGGGGAAGGAGAAGGAGGGGGAGAAGGAGGCUGGAUCGAGGAUGGUUUAG